AUGGAGAGUAUCCACGCGUCAGAGGUGAAGGCAAUCUGCAAAGGGAAAAUGGUUACCAAACACCUAAACGAAGUCAAUGAAGUAUGCAUGCAGAAGGGCGAGUUUGGCCGAGAAGACAAGGGCCAUAAGGAAUCGGAGGACGUGGUCAGGCUGUCGGUCAUAGCGAAGUCUUAUGCCGGGAUACUGAAGGAGCUUGGAGAGGACGUGGACCGCCAGGGUCUUUUGCGCACACCGUUACGUGCAGCCAAGGCCAUGCAGUUCUUUACCAAAGGUUAUCGUGAGACCACAGACGAUAUCUUGAACGACGCGAUCUUCGAUGAAAACCACGAUGAGAUGGUGAUCGUCAAGAACAUUGAUAUGUUUUCUCUAUGUGAGCAUCACCUGGUGCCAUUCUUUGGAAAGGUUCACCUAGCAUACCUCCCGAACAAAAGAGUGGUUGGGCUGAGCAAGCUUGCGAGAAUUGUUGAGAUCUACAGCAGAAGGCUUCAAGUUCAGGAGCGUCUAACCAAACAGAUAGCAACGGCAAUCUCUGAGGCACUGGAGCCCGCCGGGGUGGCAGUGGUGAUCGAGGCCAUUCACAUGUGUAUGGUGAUGAGAGGUGUGCAGAAGAUGAACAGCAAGACUGUAACAAGUGUCAUGUUGGGAGAGUUCCAAGAGAAUCCCAAGACCCGGGAGGAGUUCCUCAUUCUCACCAAGAACUGA